UGAUGGGAUCCCCGGUCCCGUUCUCUGAGUCUGUGCAAGCACCUACGCUCCCCGCUUGCUGGGGUGGCGUGGCUGGCCAGUGCCGUGCGGCUGGAGGGGGAGGCGAGCCCCAGCUCUGGAACAGCUGGGGUGCCGCUGCCCCUUGCGCUUUAGCCAUCUGCCCACCUGCUAAGGUGCCGCUGUGGCCUGGGAGUGAGGAGAGUUGCUUGCUCUCUUCCUUGGGCUUCAAGAGCACCGAAGAAAGCCUGGGUACUAGGAAGGAAGUAUCCUCUCAAUUGUCAGCCCUAAGCACCUGCUGAGCGGAUGAGAUUCAGGCAGGUGACUAGACCAGAAGAGUCGUUAGGCUUGCUUCAUAAAAGCCAUCAAAAGUACAGAGCUAUUCUGAAGAAAGAAAAGCGAAAAAAAAAGCGGCAGGCGCUUGCCAAACUAAGAGACUCAGAAGCUACAGAAAAAGAUGAAUCGGUGUCUGAGGAGGAAGAGGAGGAGCUGGAAGAAGAGGAGGAAGAAGAAGAAGAAGAAGAAAAAAAACUUGAGGCAGAAAGACAAAAACUACAUGAGCAGUGGUUGCUGAGAGAAGAAAAGGCCCAAGAAGAGUUCAAGCUUAAGAAAGAAAAAGAAGAGGCUGCACGGAAACGCCAAGAAGAAGAAGAGGUGAUGUAUAAAUUCAGUGUGACAGUUGUAUUUGCAGUAAGUUAGACUUAGUGUAAAAUCUGUUACUGUUCUGUAAUGGACCUAGUUUUCCUGAGACUCUCUAAAAGGAGGAAGAUCAAAGAAGAAUGGGAAGAGCAGCAAAGAAAAGAGAGAGAAGUGGCACAGCAGAAGCAACAGGAGAAGAGAGAAAGAGAGGCAGCUGUGCAGAGGAUGCUGGAUCAAGCUGAAAGCCAGCUGGAGAAUGGUGUGACUUGGCAUAACCCAGAGCCCCCAGAGAAUAUAGGAACAGAGAAGGACAGAGCAAAUUGCCCAUUCUAUAUUAAAACAGGUUCCUGCCGAUUUGGAGACAGGUGUUCUCGCAAGCAUAACUAUCCAACAUCUAGUAAGACACUACUCGUCCGAGGGAUGUUCAUUACUUUUGGCAUGGAGCAGUGCCGGAGGGAUGACUAUGACACAGACGCGAGUCUCGAGUACAGUGACGAGGAGACCUACCAGCAGUUCUUGGAGUUCUACGAGGACGUGCUCCCCGAAUUUCAGAACGUGGGGAAGGUUGUUCAAUUCAAGGUCAGUUGCAACUACGAGCCUCACCUACGAGGAAAUGUGUAUGUCCAGUAUCAGUCGGAGAAGGACUGUCAGGCAGCUCUUGCUCUGUUCAGUGGACGAUGGUAUGCAGGCCGACAACUUCAUUGUGAAUUUUGUCCUGUGACAAGGUGGAAAACUGCUAUAUGUGGCUUAUUUGAAAGGCAGAAGUGUCCAAGAGGGAAACACUGCAACUUUCUUCAUGUAUUCAAAAAUCCAAACAAUGAGUUUUGGGAGGCCAAUAGAGACAUACGUAUUUCUCCUGAACGGACUAAUCAGUUGUCUAAAAACUCUGAAAGGAGAAACAGAACGAGCCAUCGUGAUGACUAUUACAGCCGGUCGAGGAGAAGGGGCAGCCCAAGCCCAGAUCAUUCUUACCGGAGAAAUGGAGAAUCCGAGAGAAAAAAGAAUCGCCGCAAAAACAAGCGAAGGCGCCGGUCUGGCAGGUCAAGAAGUCGAGAAAGGAGGAGGUCUCGCAGCAGGGGGAGAAAGAGGAGAGGCCGCAGUCGCAGCAGAAGUCAUAGUCGAACACGCAGUAGGAGCAGAAGUCGGAGUUCCUCUCGAUCCAGGAGCAGGGGUAAAAAGAGGUCAAGCAGCAGAGGAAAAAAUAGUGAAACUCCCAAAACAAAGUGAGAAUUACUUUUAGAAGUUGCUAAUUGAUCAAACAUAGAGCUGACAAAGAAAUCUUUCCAAUAGGGCACCAGAUAUAUUUGAGUUUCAAAUAAAGUGUUCUUGCACAUUAAAAUGUUUCUUCCUAAUAAAGGAACCUAGUUCAUUGUGUGCUAAGCUUCAGAAAAUUAAAAGUUUAAGUCCUAUAUGAGGUGUGAAUGUCAAGUACUCUAGCUACUCUGUCCCUCUGAACUGCUGCAACAUCUGGAUGCAUACCGAGUACAAAUAGAAAGAGAAGUAAAGCUUAUUUGGUAUAUGCUUAUUUCUGUGUUAUGUGUGUGUUAAGUGUUUACUCCCCCUGUAAGGAGUUAGUACAGAACAGCCAGCGUGCUGUAAAUUCACACCACGGCACACUGCAAAUGGAAGUCUGUGUAGAAGACUGCCGUUGCUAUUUUCCGUCUGUUUAUGGGAAAUCUCUUUCUAGACAAAGUAAAUAUAAUCAUGCUAUGAGCUGGAGAAAAGGGAUCUAAAAGACAUCACUGUUUGAUUGUACAAUACUUGCCCAGUAGGAGCUUUGUGGUCAUAAGUGUUGGAUUUUUCUCUCUCCCCUGCCUGAGCUGCUGAGCUAAUUGACUGUAGGGAUUGCAGUAGACUAAAGCCAAGUAGGCAGUACACAGAAAAACAAUCAGUUCAUUCAGUACCUUAAUCCUCACGUUAAGAGUGGGAGACCUUGCACUUGUAACCCUCGAGUGAGGAUAGAAAAUACUUUGCAUACCUCUUGGUUGCAAACCAUUUGUAGUUGCAAACAACCUGCCUAACCUGUGACGGAGCGGUGGAAAAGUGUACGCCUGGUAACGUAAGAUGCGUAUGUGUAGCUGUGAAGGCUCAAGAUGGUUGUGGAGUGGCUAAAGAAACUGAAGGGUUUACACCUGCAAUGAGACUUAAAGCCUUUUUAGGCGUAUUUUACAAGCAGUUUAAGGCACCCUACUGCCUAGCUUCCCUACGGUCAAGGUGGAGAGUAGGGUACAUAAAAAUGAAGUUAUCGGGACAAAGCCGUUUUGAACUGACAGCUGUAUUAGCAAAGUACCUGUGAUUAGAUAAAUCCUUACAAAUAUUUCUUCACUUUUAAAUGACAGGUUUGUGCUGUUGGAUGGACUGUACGUCACACUGCUUAACUUCAGGCAUUUAACUUGGGCACCAAGGUGUCCUUAGGCGCUUGGGGAGCACGGUUUGUGGCGCUGAAGGUGCAGGUGCCCUGGACAGUCUGCAGAGAGACCUCCCUCUCUCCAGCCUCUCCAAAGACCUUGGGCUCCUGCCUUUAGAGUACAGUUCAGACCACCUAAGUGAGAUGCCUAUAGUAGACAUGAAGUGCUCCCAAACAGAUACUCAUCAUGACUCCAGUAAAGUUCCACAGAAAAUCUGGUUAUCCAACCUUUACAGUAGCAUUCCUCUCAGCAAGAACAUUUGUUUCCCGCCCUUCCCCAGGAUAGUUAGGAGUGAAUGAACAUUGCUUCUGGAUAUAAUAUAUAUAUUUUUGCUUUUCUAUGCAUACUGCGCCUAGCAUGCCGAUUAUACGUUUUUCCUUCUUUUCAUGUGUAACUUGUCCAAUAUGGAGUAAUACAACAAAAGUGCUAUAUAUUGAUGUUCAGUUCAAACCCAACUUUCACUAUAUAUUGUCAUAACUGUAGGCGGAAUUGUAGCUUAGUUAAUUUGAUUAAAUGUUUUAGUUAUUAACAGAUGUAGGAAUUGUAAUUUAAUAGCAUAAGUUUUGAAAUAACAACCUGUUUGAAAGGCGUAUUUCCAAGGAUAGACAGCACUAAGUUUUAAAUGGUAUUUCAGAAAUUUGUGACCACCGGUUUCUCAGAAGGUGUCUUUUUCUGACUAGACCUUACAGGCAGAUUUCCCCCCAGGUUUCUAUUUUUUCACAGAUGCUCUCUUGUCUAGUUGGGUUGCUUGUGCAGAACGCGGCAAACUCUGGCUCAGUUGCCCAGAGCAGAACUGAGCUGGCCUUUCCUGCUUGCCGAGAGGCACCUCCAGUGGGCCAAUGGCCUCCUCCUUUCGCCAGUGCCGCCUUGCCUCCCCCACAACUGGUGCCACUGGGCUUGGCUGGCCGCUUAGGGCUCUCGGGUGGAAGAGUUGACUCGGGCCGGCUGUGGUACCUGGUACGUCCUGCGGCAGGUGGCCGCUGAGCGUUAUCCCAGCCAAACGGAUUACCCAGCUCAAACAGAAGCGGUGGGGUGGGUGGUGGGAACCUGCGACCGGUCGGGUGAAACGAGCAAAGCAGGCCUCUGCAGGAUUAGAACCUACAACUAAGACCCAUGUGAGAAUUCCACAGGUGAUUAGGCUCCUUGUCCCCACGGUUUUGUAACGGGAUCUGGGAAGCUGAGCUGCUGUAUUUUUUUAAGGAAAAAAAAAAAGUUCUUGUAAUUAAAAAAA